UUCUCAAAUUUGCAGGGCGCUUCGUGAAGAUCUUCAAUGGGUUGGAUUGAAGAAAACAUGAAAUUCACUAAUGUUAGAAAAAUUCUCUCUCAAGCCAUCAGCCUCGGAAUGGUUGUUUCAUUGGCGCUGAUGAUGUGGAAAGGAUUGACUUGCAUUACCGGAAGCCAGUCGCCGGUCGUGGUUGUACUAUCAGGGAGUAUGGAACCAGGUUUCCAGCGAGGCGAUAUCUUGUUCCUAUACAUUAAUAAGAAUCCUAUUCGCACGGGACAAAUUGUCGUCUUCAAUGAUGGGCGUGAUAUUCCAAUUGUUCAUCGGGUGAUUGAGGUUCAUGAGCACGAAGAUACUAAAGAAGUUGAUAUACUCACAAAAGGAGAUGCAAAUGAAGAUGAUGACAGGAUGUUGUAUGCAUCUAAUCACGACUGGUUGCAACAAAAAUACAUAAUGGGCAGAGCUGUCGGGUUCUUGCCUUAUGUUGGCUGGUUCACAAUCAUCAUGUCAGAAAAGCCUAUACUCAAGUACAUACUUGUGGGUGGAUUGGGAUUGCUGGUCCUUACCUCGAAGGAGUGAAGACGGUGGUAACAAUGUCAAUACGGAGGUUUUCCCAUUUUCUUGUAAACAGGGAAAAGGGUGUUAAAUAAGACUAUUGAACACCAUGGGCAUAUUAUUUUGGUAUAAUAACACAAA